AUGGUUAUGGUUACUGGUUAUCAAUUCAAGAUUUCUAUAAUGAGAAUCCAAAUGGUAUAUUGUCAACGUGAUAGUAAUGACAUUGGAAAUAUAAAAAGAGAAGUGUGCGGUAUUGAAAAUCCAACUGUUCAAGGUGGAUUCUAUCGAGCGUCAGAAUAUGGCAUUCCUGAGUCAGAUACAACCUGCCAGCCAGGUAUACCAGCUAUGACUGCUGUUAAAGGAUUUUUUGCUGGAUGUACACCUUUCGAAGGUGCAUUUUUUACUUUUCUUCUUAUUACUUGGUUAAGUACUAAAUUAGAUACAGUAAAAGUAUGGAAUCCAUCGCUUUUCGACUACAACAAUUUGGAAAGAUUAAAUUCGAAUAAACCGAUAUGUCCCUGCUCUACAACUAGAAUGCCUUAUCAUACAUUUAUCUCAUUAUCUCCAACUUUACAUCAAGUGUGUUCCAGUGAUUUUGUUUCAGAUCGUUGGGUUUCUGUAUUAAAAAAUAGCGCAUCUUCUACUGUUCUUUUAAAUUCCAAUUUUACUACAGAUUGGCAUUAUCAAGCUAGUUCACAAUUUCAAUUGUUGUCGAAUCUUUGCCAAUUGGCUAAUAAAACAAUCGACGAUGCCAUUCGUCGUUUUAAGUAUCAAUCCUUUGUGGCGCCGAAUUUAUUCAGUGAAGAUAGCUUCAAUGCAUAUUUCAAUCGAACAUUUACUCAACUAUUCCAGUCGACAACCAGCUAUUUUAGUGUUCUUGUAGAAACAGAGCGUCUCCUUCUUCAAGUCGAUCAACUUUCUGCCGUACCUGUUAAAGAUGUACGAGUUAUGGUAAAUUCGAAUCUACGUGUAAAUGUAACACUAAACGUAACUACCAAUAAGUAUUCAUCGCAUGUAAGUCUUUCUUGA